AUGCUUGGACGCGGACGGACCUUUGCGCGCAGCCUCGGCCGGACGCGGCUCUUCACGACGAGUAUUUAUGUCGAAGGUAUCCACUGGCGCACCGACAGCACGCGGCUCCGCGAAUCCUUUGAAAAGUUUGGCGCCGUCUCUCAAGCCUGUAUCCUGCCAACGUCCGAAGACACGAUGUUUCUCUCGGGCUGCGUCACCUUCAAGCACUCGGAAGACGCGUUUCGCGCCAUGCUCGCCAUGAACGGCCAGGAGCUCGACGGUCGCUUGGUCAAGGUCGACUACUUUGACGGCGAUCUCGACGACAUGGAGUAG